UGAGGACUCGAAAAGUCAACUCUUUUCUUCUCCGCCGAUGCUGCCAGACCUGCUGAGUUUUUCCAGGAAAACUGGCAGGUGUGGAGCUUAUAACACAUGGCAGCAAGGAGUGAGAGGAGUCCACCAAACUCAUUAGAAUCACAAGCUGCAGGGAAUCACACUGGUUUUCCUAAAGAAAUUUUGGCAACAAAAGUUGAAGGGAAGUACCUAUGCUUUGAGUGCCAUGGGAUCCUGAGGAAACCAUUCCAAGCACAAUGUGGUCACCGCUACUGUGCGUCCUGUUUGAAGGCAAUUGUCAGCACUGGCCCACAGAAGUGUGCAGCCUGCAUCGAAGAGGGCAUUUAUGAAGAACCUUUGUCUCUUUUGGAUGCGACUUCAGCGUUCCCGGACAAUGCGGCUCGCAGGGAACUAGACAAUCUGCCCGCAUCUUGUAACAUUGAGGGCUGCACAUGGAAGGGCACCAUUAAGGAAUAUGAGGCUGACCAUGAGGGAAGGUGCGAGUACAUGCUCAAGCCUUGUGAAGCAUGCAGCACGAUGGUACGCCAGGUUGAUCUCUCCCGGCACUUGGAACGAGAGUGUCCUGAAAGAAAUCUCAACUGCAAAUUCUGUAAAUUAUUGUUUCAUCACAAGGAGAUAAAGGCCCAUGAUGAAAUCUGUUCCAAAUUCCCCUUAACAUGUGAAUGGUGUGGAAAGAAAAAAAUUCCAAGGGAAAAGUACUCGGAUCAUAUUCGGACAUGUGGGAAGGUGAAGCUCCUUUGCCGCUUUAACGUGAUUGGCUGUGAAAUGGCUGCUGAGAAGGAGAAAUUAAUUGAGCAUGAGAACCAGUGUGUAGUGGACCACUUGCAGAUGAUGCUCCAGCAUGUUAUGGGAAUAAGGACUGCAGUGGAAAGCUUGCAACCCCUGAACCUGCAGCAGGCCAAUGUUAAAGUAAACCAGCUGUUUACAUCAGUUCGAGAAAUGGAGGAGACACUUGGACCAUUCCGGUCGAUCUCUCUCAGACAGGGCUUCUCCCCUGAAGACCUGGGGAAACCCUCGCUGUUGGAAAAAUUAGAAGAUGUGCAAAAGCGGUGUGUAACUCUUAAACACAAAGCUGAAACCUUCGAAAACAUUGUUUGUGUUCUCAAUCGUGAAGUGGAGCGAGCCUCUGUGAGCAUGACAGCUUACGAACAGCAGCACAAACUGGACCAGGAGAAGAUUGAAGCCUUACAAACAAAGGUGCGUCAGAUGGAGCGUGCCACAGCACUGAAGGACCUGGCCAUAGCAGAGCUGGAGCUAAAGUUUCAGGCAUUCGAAUACAGUACUGAUAAUGGAAUCUUUAUUUGGAAAAUAUCUGAUUUCAGUAGAAGACGGCAGGAUGCUAAAUCCCAGCGAUCACCCGCCAUAUUCUCCCCAGCUUUCUACACCAGCAAAUAUGGGUACAAGAUGUGCCUGCGUGUCUAUCUGAAUGGUGAUGGUGUGGGCCGUGGAACUCACAUGUCUCUCUUCUUUGUCAUUAUGAAGGGAAACUACGAUAGUUUGCUAAAGUGGCCUUUCAAGCAAAAGGUAACUCUGAUGCUGAUGGACCAGACUAACCGUGAGCAUGUCAUUGAUGCGUUCAGACCAGAUAUCAGUUCCUCAUCGUUCCAGAGACCAGUCACUGAGAUGAACAUUGCCAGUGGGUGCCCGCUGUUCUGUCCACUUAACAAACUGGACAGCAAGAAUAAUUACUCACGUGAAGACAACAUUUUCAUCAAAGCCAUUGUGGACUUAACUGACCUGUAACCAACCUUUUUAUCAGCCACAGUAAUGUUAAAGGCCCUGAGCUGUUGGCCACUAAUUUGUUGUUGCAUUGUGCAAUGUCCCACUGGAACUGGACUGCUGGUUGCUGUGAGUGUCAAUAGUCUAUGCACUAAACAGAUGAGUGAAAAGCCAUAAUGCAGUUUGCGCUGUUUCUGGUUUGUAUUUUCCUGCAGACAGGAAGUUCCAUUGCACUCUGUGUAUAAUGAGUUUCUUGGUAAAUGCACAGUGGCAGUGGUAGAAACAUCUUGUUGGCCCACAGAGUGUGGCCAUGACCACAGACUGUGUUUGUAAGGGGAGUGCCUCCCUGCAGUAGAAUAGCUUGAGAUAAGGCACAGUGGAUGUACCCAUCUCUCCUUUUCCCCUGGCUGAGAUAAUCCAGAAUCAGUGGCACAGCACACCCGCUCAAACUGAGUUGAACAGGGGUCAGGUGGCCUGUCACUUGAACCAACUUGAGCUGGGCUGGGUGAGCUUUGUCAGCUGGGCCAAAGGGAGCGAGAAGUUCCUGGGGGGAGAGGAAGAGCAGCUGCUAUUGUCUUCCCUUCCCCAAUUCUCCAGCCACAGAGUGAGCUGCAGAGUUACCCUGGAAGAGACCAUAGUCCCUGCAGUGAUGGACUCCUCUGUCAUGCCACAUAUAAUGUGCUGCUUCCAACUUGGCACCAAAGAAACCUUAAACUGUUUAAGGUGUGCUGCAUGUUAACUCAGCACAGAGUACUCACAGUGACAGCAACCAGCCGCAUGGUUCCUCCAUAGUCUGCAACAACUUCCCUCUGUUCUGUCAGCAUCUACUUCACCCUGCCAAUGCCUGUUGGUAAUCAGGUGAUAUUCUCAAACCCUGAGCCUUUAACUCCCCUUCCACUGCUUGGCUGCUUCCGUGGAGGUUUACUCAGCUUUGGCAGUGGUGUGUACCGUGGAGGUGACACACUCCAAAAGCCUAAAAUCCAUUCAAUCACACCCAGCGUGGACCCUGUUAGAAAUUAGAAGUUUGGGUCAGCAGUGUUCAGGGUCUCUGAAACAGGACAUUGUGGUGUGUUGGUUGUGUUUAUUUACCCUAUGUAUAAUAAUGACCUCGCUCUCAUUAUUUUAUAAGCAAUGUAUAAUAAUUUAUAAGUUUUACACAGUAGUAGUUUCUAGCAGAGAUGAGGUGGAUGCUGAGGAGUUCUGAGGUGGUUUCUAAUGUUUCUGGGUGGCCCAGGACCUCAGUCUGGAAGAUUUCACCAGCAUAACAGACCUCAGUGCUCCAUGCAGAGUGAUCAAACUAGUGACGGGCACCGGGGGAAGGGGGAGUGACUCUUCAGCCCUGCCCAGUGGAGAAAGAAGGUAUUGGGACCAGGUGUUCUGGGGCCUCUCUUUACUUCUAUCCUGCAGUUAUAGAGCAUAAACAUUAUUUAUGGUAAGAAUGGAGUAAGUGUCGACUGUGGUCCUGUUCAUUGUUGCUGUCUUAUUUGUGGUUGUGUGCUGCUAUUGGCUGAUGCAUGCUGAAUGUGCUGUUUGUCAGAGUGCACGCUGUCCGGUAUCUUUAGUUAUAGGUAGAGAGAUUGGUGAAUGGCAGAUACUGGGUAAGAAUUAUUUAGAGAUUCUGGGAGACGCAUCUUUAUAGAAUACAAUUAUAGAAAGUUAAGGGUACAAAAGGAGGCCACUUGGCCCAUUGUGUCUGUGCCGGCCGAGAAGUGAGUCACUCAGCCUCAUCCCACUUUCCAGCAUUUGGUCCGUAGCCCUGCAGGUUACGGCAUUUGUGGUCCAUAUCCAGACACCUUUUAAAUGAGCUGAGAGUUUCUGCCUCUACUAUCCUUUCAGGCAGUGAGUUCCAGACCCCCACAACCCUCUGGGUGAAAAAACUUCCUCAUCUACCCUCAAAUCUUUCUCCCAAUCACUCUAAAUCUGUUCCUCCUAGUCACUGACCUUAGUGAGAAAAAAGGACAUCCCUCAAUGACCAUAAUUCCAUCAUGUUUAAUUGGGAAACCAUUCAGAAUUUCCCAUUGGUUGGGAUGUUCCUUUUUUGACUGGGUAUGUCCACUGAAACUCACUGGGUGACCUAAGAACUUGGGCAAAGUAUUAUGAAUCUGCUCUCCUAGAAGGUUCAGACCUUGAGAGGGUGGUAGCUCUGUUGGGAAGAAUUUCCUUUUGAACGGGACUGAUUUCCCAGAGGCCAGGCAAUGGUUUGGUCAGUUUUGUAAGCAGACUGCCAUUGUUCUGUCUGUCUUGGUGUGAGGGAUUGAUGUAUGUCUGACCACACCCCCCAACCAAAGACAGCUGCUUCUUAAGUGUUCAGCUAGACAGAUUGCUGACCUAAGUUUCUGAUUUGGCAUCAGCUGUGCCGAAUUUUACUGUUUGCGGGCAUUCACAAGGGUGAUGUUAUGUUUUCUGCUCUCUGUUGUAGAUACAGGGGCACAAAUAGCUGAGGGAAAGUUGUGUUUAGUGUGAAGUUUUACUUUGAUUCCUGCCAUUAUUGAUGGAAAAUUUAAUUCAUUGAGGAGCGACAAGGGGAUCUGCAGAUUUUUGGCCUGGAAUGUGACCAUGGAAAAACUUUGAUUUUUACAGAGAGUAUGUGGAAAUGUUUAAACUUGCAGAGCAGCAUGUUUACGAUUUUCUGGACUUUUCAAGGAAGUGAUGGAAUAUGCACUGGAAUCAGCUCAGUGCCACUCUCUCUGCUAUUUUGUGAUUGUUAUAAUCAGUGGUUUCUGUACAAAAGAGGUGAAAAAAGAACAGAGCUGAACAGUCCCAGCCAUCGGAUCAGAAAUCAGUGGUGAGGGCAGUUGGUGAGUGAAGAUUAAGAUGGGGAACACAGCAGAGUUUAAUGGAGUCCCAUGUAGGAGUAACGAGAGUUUGUGUUCGGUGUGUGAUUUUUCAGCUGUGCUACCCAGUUUUGAGGAACCUGUGAAUGUGCAGCACAUGUUCUUGAGGCUGCAGACUGGAGCUGGGAAAUGACUGCAUCAAAGCUGGUGUCUGUUCUGAGCUGCUUAUUAAAAUACAAUUAUCAA